AUGGAUAAGCCUGAGGUCACAGAUGCUCAGGGUCAAAAGAACAAAAGAGCCAAGGUGGCUAAGGUCAAGAAUAAAAUGCCGGCUCCGAUCCAGAUAACUGCUGAGCAGUUAUUGCGUGAAGCUAAAGAACGGGAGUUAGAAGUAACACCUACUCCUCCACAACAAAAAAUAACCAGUCUAGCCGAGCUUCGAGACUUUCAAUUGCGUAAACGAAAAGAUUAUGAAGAUAAUAUAAGAAAAAACCGCUUGGCAAUACAAAACUGGAUUAAAUAUGCCAAAUUCGAAGAAAGUCAGGGGGAACUUCAAAGCUGA